GCCCGCUUCCCCGUUCCGUGAGCGCCCGCACGACGCAUGCGCAGCCCGGGAAGUUCUUUCUGGGUUCUGAGGUUUGGUCCACGCGGGUUCUUUGCUGCUGCGUCUGGCGAGCGGCGGCGAUGCUUUUCUACUCAUUCUUCAAGUCCCUGGUAGGGAAGGACGUGGUGGUUGAACUGAAGAAUGAUUUGAGUAUAUGUGGGACCUUGCACUCGGUGGAUCAGUAUCUGAAUAUCAAGCUCACAGACAUCAGUGUGACUGAUCCAGAGAAAUACCCUCACAUGUUGUCCGUCAAGAACUGUUUCAUUCGUGGCUCCGUCGUCCGCUACGUCCAGCUUCCAGCCGAUGAGGUCGACACGCAGCUGUUGCAGGAUGCUGCCCGCAAGGAAGCUUUGCAACAGAAGCAGUGAGGGCACUUCCUGCUUUCACCCCCCUCCCCCUUUCUGCACUGCGUGGUUUUCCUGGGAAAGAGUUGAAUGAAGAUGUGGGGAAGCUAGACCCAGCUUCCAUACCUGCCCCCUGUGCCAUGGAAGCUGCCACCA